AUGGCGAACCCUCACCCCGCUGCGUCCCUCCUGCUUCGCGCCCACUCCCCAACCACCGCGCAAGCCCUCUUCACCGACAAAAUACAGCACAAGCCGCUGCUACUGCGCAAGCCCUCUCCCCCGCCUUCCACAACUGCGCGCAUUGUGCGACGCCAGGCCCGCCUCCAAAAGCUUCACAGUACCACGAAGCGGCGGAACAAGAGCAAACCGAAACCGCUGUCGGCGCGUGAACGCCGUGCGUUGUGCCUGGACGAUAUACCCAAGAGUGAGGCAAAAUGGGCGCUGUUUGAGGGCUUGAGAGAGUUGUGGGUCGGUUAUGUGAGGGAGAUUUUAGGGCUAGCGGGAGAUAUGGAGGGAGAUUGCGAGGGCGCGAAUAACAGCAGAGGGAGCUAUGUCAGUGCACAAAGCGCGGGGAGUGUGUUGAGUAGUGCGGAUAUGCAUGGUGCCGUGAUAGAGGUGGUCAAGAGCCGCUGUGUGAGUAGAGUCGGGGUGCGUGGGACGGUGGUGCAAGAUCGAAAGUUUGUGUUUGUGGUUGUCACGGAGGGCAAUGAGGCUAAGACGCUGCCAAAAGAGUACAGUGUUUUCAAGCUUGAGAUACCAUUAUUGAAGAGAGAGGGCGAGGAGGCGGAGCCCAGGCCAUUGGUAUUUGAGUUGCAUGGAGAGCAAUUCCAAAACAGAGCGCCGGAGAGGGCAAAGAAGCAGCUCAAGAUGCACUACCAACCAGAUCUUUGA